CUACUGCAAAUAUGGAAUUAAUGUGAGUGAGUCCACAACUUUCUAACUUUUCCGUUUUUCUUUAUCCAUCACUUGCACUUCCACUUCCACUGGUCAUGUCUCAGUUCUCAUCCAUCUCAAUUAUAAUUGAGUCACCACUUCCAAGCUUCUUGCAUCUGCCUCUUUCUCAUCCUUCUUCUCUCUCUCAAGGCUUUUAGAAGCUAAAAGAGGAAACAAAAAAGUAUGCCACUUUCUAACACCAUCUUUCCACCUUCUUUAAAAAAUGCAUGUCUUCCAUUCUAAAUUAAAGCCUCACCAUAUUUGAGAACCCACUUUGAUUUCUUUGUCACUUUGAAGUUCUAACAACUAUUUUUUGCUUCUUUUGUUCUCGGGAAAUCUUCAGUUAUGAACGAAUCUCAAAACGCCAUUCCCCAUUUAUUUAGAUGCCCCAUCAGUUUAGACUUGUUUGAAGAUCCUGUAACUUUAUGCACUGGCCAAACCUACGACAGAUCAAACAUAGAAAAAUGGCUUGCUCAGGGUAACCUCACAUGUCCUGUCACAAUGCAAAAGCUUCAUGAUCCAUCCAUUGUUCCCAACCACACUCUCCGCCACUUGAUCGAUCAGUGGCUUCAACUUGAUCCCCAAUUCGACCCUGCUAACCCUGAAGCUUCAACUAUUGAAUCCUUAGCUUCUCUGAAACUCAACCUUGAAUCCUAUGAAAGCAGCUUAGAAAACAAGCUCCAAGCACUUAGGAAAAUCAGUGUCUUAUCUGAUGAGUAUUGCUCCUUCAACAAAUCAUGCUUCCUCCAAUUGGAUUUCCUACCACUGCUUUUGGAACUAGUUUUUGGAACUCAAGUGUCACCAGAAAAUGACAUGAACUUCAUAGAGCUUGCACUUUGUUGCAUUAAAAAAUUGCUACCACUUGGUAGUUUGGAGCCUCUAAAUAUGAUCAAAGAUGGGUCUAAAUUAGCGACGUUUGUGCUACUAUUUGAAAAGGGUACUAACUCCGUUAAGACUAGCUUGUGCCGUGUUAUAGAGUCAGCAUCAUCAUCAUCAUCUGAGACAGAAGAUUUAUGUUCUACUCUUGGAAAAACUAACGAACUAGUGCACGAGAUUGUUCAAGUUGUUAACCAAAAUUACGAGGUUUCUGGGGAUGCAAUUAAAGCCAUGUCAGCACUAUGUUCGUUGCAGUCCAACAGAGAGAGUUUGGUGAGAGGAGGAGCAAUAGAAGAAAUUAUGAGAUACAUUACAUCAUCAGAAAGAAGAAACAUGGCACCAGUGGCAAUGAGAAUAGUAGAGAAACUUAUGGGGCUGAGAAGUGCUAAAGAGGCAUUGGUGAAUCACCCUAAUGGUGUUCAAACUUUGGUGAAUAUGGUUUUCAGGGUAUCUGAUCAAAAGUGCAGUGAGAGUGCUGUUGAAGUGCUUUUAACUGUUUGUGGUGAAUUUGAGCGUGCAAGAGAGGAAGCCAUUGAGAGUGGAGUUUUGACUCGGUUGCUGUUGCUUCUGCAGAGUCAGUGUAGUAACACAACAAAAUCAAAGGCAAGAAUGCUGCUCAAAUUGCUAAGAUCCUAGCCAAAGCAGGGUUAGACUUUCAAUAAUAAUAUAUUAAUACCAGUGUAUGUAACAAAAUAACAAUAAUAAUGACUUUGUGGGUCUCAUUGUUGCCGUGUCACUGACAUAUUUCUUCCGUAUAGAUGUAAUCUUUGAAUAAUUGAAUGAAUAUUAUUAGAAGUUUG